ACACACACACACACGCGCGCACACACACACCCCAUUGAUCAAUAUUUGGCUGUCUUGCUGCAACUUGCUGCAGUCUUUUAAAGGAGUAGUAGAGAGAGAGGGAGAGAGAAAGGGGAACUGACAGGAAGGGGUAAGGAGCUACACAUGUCACAUGUGCUUUCUAAGACGGCCAGGAGCAUCUGCAGGCUGGAUCUGGUGGAGGAUGCUGCGGCAGGUGAUACACAGAGGGCUCCAGUCGUUUUUCUACAAGCUGGGCUUAUUCGUGAGCAGGCAUCCGGUGUUUUUCCUCACUGUGCCCGCAGUCCUGACCAUCAUCUUCGGCUUCAGCCUGCUCAACCGCUUCCAGCCUGACACUGACCUGGAGAGCCUGGUAGCCCCCAGCCACAGCCUGGCCAAGAUCGAGAGGAGCUUAGCCAGCAGCCUUUUCUCCCUCGAUCAAUCCAAAAGCCAGCUGUAUUCGGACUUGCACACCCCGGGGAGGUAUGGCAGGGUGAUUCUCCUCUCCAAACCCGGAGGCAAUAUUUUGCAUCAGGCUGAUGUGAUCCUGCAGAUCCACCGAGCCGUGCUGGAAAUGAAGGUGAACUACAAAGGCUAUAAUUAUACUUUUUCCCAUCUGUGUGUGUUGAGAAAUCAGGAUAAGAAAUGCGUGCUGGAUGAUAUUAUUUCAGUGCUAGAGGAUCUGAGGCAGGCUGCCCUCUCCAAUAAGACAACAGCCAGGGUGCAAGUGAGCUAUCCCAACACUAAAUUAAAGGAUGGAAGGAACAGUUUUAUUGGCCACCAGCUCGGAGGGGUCAUGGAAGUGCCAAACAGCAAGGACCAGAGAGUCAAAUCAGCCAGAGCCAUCCAAAUCACUUACUACCUCCAAACGUAUGGCUCUGUCACCCAGGACCUCAUUGGGGAGAAGUGGGAAAGUGAAUUCUGUAAACUGAUGCACAAGAUGCAGCUGGAUCACCAAGAUCUGCAGCUCUACUCACUAGCGUCCUUUAGCCUCUGGAAGGACUUCCACCAGACCAGUCUCUUGGCCAGGGGCAAAGUUUUGGUGAGCCUGAUGCUGAUUCUCCUGACUGCUACCCUCUCGAGCUCCAUGAAGGACUGCCUGCGUAGCAAACCUUUCCUGGGACUCUUGGGAGUACUCACUAUCUGUAUUUCCAGUGUCACUGCGGCAGGGAUAUUUUUCAUUACUGAUGGAAAAUAUAAUUCUACUCUGUUGGGAAUCCCUUUCUUCGCUAUGGGUCAUGGAACCAAAGGAGUGUUUGAACUUCUUUCAGGAUGGCGUCGAACCAGAGAGAAUCUGCCAUUCAAGGACAGAGUAGCAGAUGCCUAUUCAGAUGUCAUGGUCUCCUACACAAUGACAAGCUCCUUGUAUUUCAUAGCCUUCGGCAUGGGUGCAAGCCCUUUCACCAACAUUGAAGCUGUAAAAGUCUUUUGCCAGAACAUGUGUGUCUCUAUCCUGUUGAACUACUUCUAUAUCUUCUCCUUCUUUGGCUCCUGCUUGGUCUUUGCCGGCCAGUUGGAGCAGAACCGUUAUCACAGCAUCUUCUGCUGUAAAAUCCCUUCAGCCGAGUACCUGGACCGGAAACCUGUGUGGUUCCAGACCAUGAUGAACGAUGGCCAUCAGCAUACUUCUCAUCAUGAGACCAACCCGUACCAGCAUCAUUUUAUCCAGCAUUUUCUCCGAGAGCAUUACAAUGAGUGGAUUACCAACAUCUAUGUCAAGCCAUUUGUGGUGAUACUGUAUCUCAUCUAUGCCUCUUUCUCCUUUAUGGGGUGCUUACAGAUUAAUGACGGAGCCAACAUUAUCAACCUUCUUGCCAGCGAGUCUCCAAGCGUCUCCUAUGCCCUCAUACAGCAAAAGUAUUUCAGCAACUACAGCCCAGUGAUAGGUUUCUACAUUUACGAACCUCUGGAGUACUGGAAUGGCACUGUGCAAGAAGACCUAAAAACACUAAGCCAGGGGUUCAAUACGGUUUCCUGGAUUGAACAAUAUUACCAGUACCUUCGAGUGGGUAACAUCAGUGCAACCAACAAAAGUGACUUUAUCAGCAUCCUCCAGAGCUCCUUUUUAAAAAAGCCAGAAUUCCAGCACUUCAAAAACGACAUCAUUUUCUCCAAAGCUGGAGAUGAGAACAACAUAAUUGCUUCUCGUUUGUACCUGGUGGCCAGGACUAGUGAAAACACACAGAGGGAGGCGGUAGAAUUGUUGGAGAAGCUGAGGCCACUCUCUCUUAUACAGAGCAUCAAGUUCAUUGUGUUCAAUCCUACAUUUGUCUUCAUGGACCACUAUGGUUUAUCAGUAACUAUGCCUGUCCUGAUUUCUGGUUUUGGCAUCCUGCUGGUGUUAAUACUGACCUUUUUCCUGGUUAUUCAUCCUCUGGGAAAUUUCUGGUUAAUUCUCAGUGUCACCUCAAUAGAGCUGGGUGUCCUUGGCUUGAUGACCUUAUGGAAUGUAGACAUGGAUUGCAUUUCUAUACUGUGCCUUAUCUACACUUUGAAUUUUGCCAUAGAUCACUGUGCACCCCUGCUUUAUACAUUUGUACUAGCUACAGAGCACACCCGAACUCAGUGUAUAAAGAACUCCCUCCAAGAGCAUGGGACAGCCAUUUUGCAGAACGUUUCUUCUUUUCUUAUUGGGUUGGUCCCCCUUCUCUUUGUGCCUUCAAACUUGACCUUCACACUGUUCAAAUGCUUGCUGCUUGCCGGCAGUUGCACACUUCUGCACUGUUUUGUUAUUUUGCCUGUCUUUCUAACCUUUUUCCCACCUUCCAAAAAGCACCACAAGAAAAAGAAACGGGCCAAAAGGAAGGAACGAGAAGAGAUUGAAUGCAUAGAGAUUCAGGAGAAUCCUGAUCAUGUUACAGCAGUCUGAAAGGCUUAGAAAAAAUAGUAUAUUCUCUUUUUAAAAAAGCGUUGCACAGAGAUGCAGGGAAAAUAGAGCAAAGAUCUCAGCUGCUUGUGCUGGCCAGGUCUGACAAGGCAAAGGAAGAUCAAGAAGGGGUAUUCAUGACACAUCAAGGUGCAAACUUUUUUUAACAAAAAUAAUGAAAGUAAAAAUAAUCUCAAAUGUUUCCUUUGAAUCCUCAUUCUCCACCAGGGAAGAGUCUGUUGGCCAUUAAGUGUUCCUGAAUCUCAAACUGUAGCUCUGAUGGGAAUUGCCUGAUCUGUCAUAUGUAGGACUGAAGCAAAGGUGAAAAAAAGAGUUACCAUUAAGUAAACAGUAGGGAAAAAGGCAGAUUUGUUUGGUAAAAUCGUCCAUGGAAAAGAAAAAGAACAACAGCAUUUCAAAUGAGAAAAGGGAACAAGACCAAGAGAGAUAAAAAAAUGCCAUGGUAUUUUUUUCUUAUUUUCUUGAGCAAGUUGGUUAAGAUGAAACUUAUGCACUUGGGAAGUAGAUGUUAAAAACAAUCUAAGCCAAAGUACUUCCCAGUUCUAGUGUACCAUGCGUAUCUGUAACACCACAAUUAGAGUUUUAUUGUGAAUAUGGAUGGCAAAGCUAUACGGCUAAGGGAUAGACGUACUGUUCAUAUAGGAGAAGAAUUAAUCAUAGCCAUUUGGAAAUUUAACAUUUAGUUUCUUUAAAUGUGACACAUGACCUUUAUCUCAAGAGGUCACAGCUGGUAGUUAAUACCGUACACACAUUUUGGUAUUUCUGAGUUGUGAAAUCCCCCUUGAACGAACAGAUCUCACAAAACUAACCCAGGCCAUUACCACUGCAGCAGUAUUUGCAGUUCCUGCAGUGUAACACUUCUGAAUUCUAAAUUCUGUGUUGACAUUAAAUACUGAAUAUUAAUCAAGCAGGCGCUUUAAACGUAAUGAUGGAUUGCAUAUCACAGGCAUAAUGUGAUCGUGUAACAGCUGAGUCAGCUCUGGAGCACCUGCACAGUAUUAUCAUUAUAUAUCUGGUCCAACGGACGAAGGGAUAUGUUUGCUGGUCCCUGCAAUAUGCUACAGGAAGUGGGAUUUUCCCCUUCUUUAAGCAAAACGUCAGUCAAAUACUUGCCACACACACAGAAAAGACCUUGUUAAGGUUUGCACGGGGCUGAAUUAACCCCUAGUUGUAAGAAGACAGAUCGGUCCCCUGUGGGAAGGGGAGGGGAGGGUGAAAUGUCUUUAUUAUUAUUAUUAUUCCUAAAUAUUUGAGUGUUGAUGUCUGCAACAUAAAGCUUUGUUAUGGCAGUUGAAAUUUCACAGAAGAGUGCAGUAAAUCCGCAGUUACUAUGUGACACUAGAAAUUGUACUGUAAAGAACUAUGAAUGACUUUCUCUGCUUUGUAAACUAUACAGCUUAGUAGCCCAAGAGAAGGGAUGAAAACAGAUCUAGCCAUUUCAGUUUGCUCUUGGCCCAGUUCUGCACUGGAGCUUGCCAUGUCCAUCUCCCCUUUCAGUAUUUUAAAAGGGCUUGCUUUCUACUCUCUGGAAUAUUGUAUAGCAUCACCUACAUGAGCAACGUCUUCCUGAAUAUAUAGUAUCCAUGAGGACACUAUGUAAAGAUAUCACUAUAUGGAGUGUUUAUGUCUACUUUGUUUUACUUGUGGGUACCUUUAAAAGAUGUCUGGAAGCUGUUUGCCUUCCAAAAUGUGUAUACAUGUCUAUUUGUGGCUGGUUAACUCAGUCUCAAACCUGCAGAGUUUGCUGAUGAGGGUGUGUACAUACGUUUUACUAAAAACCUCUCUGCAAGAAGUUGAUUCUUUGUUAUGUGACGUCUCACCUCUUUCUACUGUUUCAUGGUUAGGGAGAGCCAGAGAAAAUUCACCUGCAGCACAAAAAGCCAUUUGAAUGCCAGUUCUAAUGUUCAUUAGCUGCUUCUGUUUCCAAGGAAUGCAGUUUCGCCUCUUCUCUAUACAUCCUGUACUUUGCCAUUACCAUUUGCCAAAAAUGACCUCUGUGUUUUAGGAGUGGUCAAAGCUCUUGAUUGUUCAAGGAACCUUUUGUGUGCAACAGGUUUUAGAGAAAGAUAAACUUUCUAGAUAGGCAAAGCUUCCAAAGUUUGAAUCCAGAUCGAAACUUCAGGUGUAGCUAGAUCAAGGUUACUGGUUUGACCCAAGGGCCAGCUGCAACACUGAGUUCUAAAUACUUUAGUAAGGUUUAGGAGCAGGGGAUGCUUUAAUGUUGGGUUAUGGCUCAGAUGUGUCUCUAGUUGGGAAGUAUUCACUGACCUUGAUUUGCAUCUUGAAGGCAUUGUGCAAUAUCCAUCCUUUUUAGAACAGUCAGUUAUGAAUGUCAGGUUUUCCAUACCUCUUCUUACAUUUCUUCCACUGCCCAUACAAGACCUGGAUUGUUGCAGCACAACUGUGACCCUUGGGUAUCACUUCUGGAGGUGUCACAGGAGAAGUUGCUGGUCUUUUCUUGUGCUGCCCUGUUGUAUCCCAGGGAUCUCUGUCACCCAUUGUAUUGAAGAAAGUAGCGUUUUCCAAAGCCAUCAAAGCCAAGAUUCAUCUCAUCUGACUUUGGAUGUUGACAAUGUAGAUAUUUAUACCUGAGUUUCCUUUAUGGCCAUAGGAGAGUGACGGACACUUCUGACCUAUUUUACAGUUGCGCAUUAGGUGUAAAUGAAUCACACCUUAAAAAAAUGCAUAUUUCUGUCCAUUGGCGAUAAAGGAAGCUCAGCACAAUUAGUUCAGACACGGACAUUGGCAAUGCAGACUCAUCCAGAUUCCGUAAGAUUAACCUCACUUAAAAUGACCAAAUAUCAAGUGAAAGAGAAAAGAAAAAAACCUUCAACUUGCCUCCCAAGCAUCUAUUUUAGGGAUACAUCCCAAGAGUAACUCAGCUGAAAUUUUAUGUUUGGCUUAUGAGGUUUUUAUGCAGAACAGAUAGUUUAAAAAUUGCCACUGGAAUUCCCCUAGCAGAUAAUGGUGAGCUAAGAAAUCAGAAGAUGUCAAUAUUGAAGGUGGGCUCUCACAAAUGAGCCGGAGUUUGAUGAGAUGUCAAACCAGCUUCUCUCUCAAUAUCAUGCAUGCGCAGUAGCACUUGUAUAUACCAGACACAAGAUAUAUAGAUUACACUCUGCGACUAGAAGUUUUUUAUUUCUACAUCAGUGCAGGAGUGGAGCAGAAAACAAACGAGAUCUUCCAUGGAUGUCAUUUUAUUACUUUAUUUAUCAACCAUUUUCCAGAUCCACCAAGAAAGGUGGAUCCUUCCAGUUCACACUGGAAUCAUUUGGGGAUGGGGAGUCCAUAUUUUUUAAAUCCUUCUCCUUUCUUUGCUUAUUUUGCUUUCAGUCCUUUUCAAUAAAUUCUGCCCUUUUCUGCAGCACCUGUUCAGCUCAAAUGGAGCUACAUAAGCACCUGCGAAGAAAGGACAUAGCACAUGCAAAACAAUUUGGCGCUCUGAUACAUGCCGCAUAUUGGAUCUUCAUUAUACACUUUUUUUCAAGUUACCAUAAGUCCCCUGGGAUAUUGCGCAUAUUCAUUUAAUGUCUGGUUUUAUAUAUGGUCUACAUAAGCUGCCAAGAACCCUGUGUGAAUUUCCUACUUGUUUUGGUUUCAUUCCCUCAAAGUCUAUUGUUUUGAAUUCAUUGCUGAGAUAACUCUGUUGAAGUCAACAGAUUUAUUGCCGUGAUAUAUCUGGCUUUGCAUGCUUUCUAUUUGGUAAAAAGUGAAAUCAUGACAAAUGAACCUCUUACAUUGUU